AUGAACAAGCGGUCCUCAGCUCUUUUUCACGAAGGAAGCAAUGACCGCCUCUGUUGCAAUAAAUGCAGAAAAGCGGUGGAAGCCUGGCUGAAGGCAACACCUGAGAAGGAGCUAGCUCGACGGGAGACGUCUGAGCAAACUCGACAGCACGAGCCUGACCGAGCAUGUGACCUCCAUUACCAAGUUGUGCUGGAAGAGAGUCAGUAUAUAGGAAAACCCACUGACAGGAAUCACGCGACACUGAUGUUUGUGCACAAGCUAAAGGCAACACACACAUCUCCUAUGCCGGAAUACGAGUACCCUACACCUUCUGGCCCUGUUAACACUGCUACAGUCGACCUCCUGCAGUCAACCCGCAACCACCAAAGAUCUUCCUGUGUUCUAAUCAUUCAUGCGUCAGUGCGAGACACCGAGCUGCACGCGCAGAGAUCAUUAAACCAGCCAGUCCCUCCCCUGGCAGUGUCCAUCACAGGCGGUCAAUACCCUGCAGCUAUUCACACGUGUUUAGGCCGCAGCGCUGAGCCACUCUCCCUCCCUCUGACCACCGAGCUGCUGAGGAAAGAAGAAGAAGAAGAAGAAGAAGAAGAAGAAGAAGAAGAAGAAGAAGAAGAAGAAGAAGAAGAAGAAGAAGAAGAAGAAGAAGAAGAAGAAGAAGAAGAAGAAGAAGAAGAAGAAGAAGAAGAAGAAGAAGAAGAAGAAGAAGAAGAAGAAAAGAAGGAGGAGGAGGAGGAGGAGGAGGAGGAGGAGGAGGAGGAGGAGGAGGAGGAGGAGGAGGAGGAGGAGGAGGAGGAGGAGGAGGAGGAGGAGGAGGAGGAGGAGGAGGAGGAGGAGGAGGAGGAGGAGGAGGAGGAGGAGGAGGAGGAGGAGGAGGAGGAGGAGGAGGAGGAGGAGGAGGAGGAGGAGGAGGAGGAGGAGGAGGAGGAGGAGGAGGAGGAGGAGGAGGAGGAGGAGGAGGAGGAGGAGGAGGAGGAGGAGGAGGAGGAGGAGGAGGAGGAGGAGGAGGAGGAGGAGGAGGAGGAGGAGGAGGAGGAGGAGGAGGAGGAGGAGGAGGAGGAGGAGGAGGAGGAGGAGGAGGAGGAGGAGGAGGAGGAGGAGGAGGAGGAGGAGGAGGAGGAGGAGGAGGAGGAGGAGGAGGAGGAGGAGGAGGAGGAGGAGGAGGAGGAGGAGGAGGAGGAGGAGGAGGAGGAGGAGGAGGAGGAGGAGGAGGAGGAGGAGGAG